AUGGAUUUGAUGCUUGAGAAAAUUGGCGAUCUACCUCAGCACAAAAAUGCAUUGUUGAAGGCAAGGAAAGUCAGCAAUUUCAUCUAUAAUCAUGGUUUUAUCCUGGCGAUGAUGAGAAAAUUCACCAACAGAGAGUUGAUUCGCCCAUCGGUUACUAGAUUUGCCACGACAUUCCUUACUUUGGAGAGUAUGCUUCAGGCAAAGCAAUCUUUGGAAGCUAUGUUCACCUCUACAGAUUGGGCGAAGAGCACAUGGGCAAGCAAAAGUGAAAGCAAGGCGAUAAAAAAGAUCAUCCUAAAUGACAAUACAUUCUGGCCCAGUGUUGUAUAUGCUCUUACCACUACAAGACUAUUGGUAAAGGUGUUGAGAAUGGUGGAUAGUGAGCAAAUGCCGGCAAUGGGAUUCAUAUAUGAUGCAAUGGAUGAAGCAAAAGAGCAUAUUGCCAAAAAUUUGGGAAAUGAGAUUGGGAAGUACAAGGAAAUCUGGGAGAUCAUUGAUGCCAAGUGGGAACAUCAAUUGCAUCGCGAUAUACAUGCUGCAGCUCACUUUCUAAAUCCUAGAUUCCAAUCUGCCGAUAAUUUCUCAAAUCAUAUUGAAAUUAAGAAGGGGUUGCUGUCUUGUAUGGAGAAACUAAUUCCCUCAUCUGACCUAUCAAAGGACAAAUGUGCAAUUGGAUGCGUUUCAAGGGAAACAAGGACUUUUUGGGAUAGAGCAAUCAUUGGACACUUACUCGACAAGAACAUCUGCAAACUGGUGCACACGAAGAGAAGGAAUAAACUACUCACUUCGAGGCUGAAUUCCUUAGUCUACGUCAUGUACAAUAAGAAGUUGAGAGACCGACAUUGGAAAAAGCAGGUUAAGGGUGAUGUAGACCCCUUGGAAGUAGAACAUUUGUCCUUCGAUGAUGAAUGGUAUGUGGACAACAAUGAGACUCAAGACAAUGAGUCGAGUGGCAACAAUACCACACCCAUGAGUGAUGGAGAAUUCCAAGACCUUCUUGAUAAUGUGCCGGUGCUGCAAAUUGAGGAGGGACCUUCAAGUCGUAGGCCUCGUGGCCGUGGAAGUAACAAAAGAAAGAAAAAGAGCAUAACUAACAAAGGUAAACACUACUAG